CCUGCGACACGACUGAGAGUGAGAGUGUGCAUCAUGAAUGUUCUUAUGUCCUCCAUGCUAGGGGACGAUCCACACCUAAUGGCUGAGCCGGCCAUCCAGAUCUUUGAGCAGCCCAAGCAGAGAGGGAUGCGCUUCAGGUACAAGUGUGAGGGUCGCUCUGCUGGAAGCAUCCCCGGAGAGAAGAGCUCCGACAACAACAGGACCUACCCCAGCCUGCAGAUCCUGAAUUACUGCGGAAAAGGGAAAGUGCGUGUUUACCUGGUGACCAAGAACGAGCCGUACCGACCGCAUCCACACGACCUGGUGGGCAAAGACUGCAAGGACGGCUUCUACGAGGCCGAGUUCGGUCCGGACCGCAGAGUGAUCGCCUUUCAGAAUCUGGGUAUUCAGUGUGUGAGGAGGAGGGAAGUGAAAGAUGCCAUCGUACAGAGGAUGAACAGAGGGAUCAACCCCUUCAAUGUGCCACAUGAGCAGCUGCUGCAGACAGAGGAGUACGACCUGAACGUGGUUCGCCUGUGUAUCCAGGUUUACCUGCAGGACGAGAACGGCCACUUCACCCGACAGCUCAACCCCAUCGUCACCAACCCCAUCUACGACAACAGAGCCCCAAACACAGCAGAGCUGAGGAUCUGCCGAGUCAACAGGAACAGCGGCAGUGUCAAGGGAGGUGAUGAGAUCUUCCUGCUGUGUGACAAAGUACAGAAAGACGACAUCGAAGUGCGGUUCUUCUCCGCUGACGGCUGGGAGGCCAAAGGCUCCUUCUCCCAGGCCGACGUUCAUCGCCAAGUAGCCAUCGUCUUUAAGACCCCGCCGUACUAUAACACCUCCAUAACAGAGUCGGUCACUGUGCACAUGCAGCUGCGCCGACCGUCCGAUCAGGAGGUCAGCGAGCCGAUGGAUUUCAGAUAUCUGCCAGACGACAAAGAUCCCUACGGCUACAAUGAGAAAAAACGCAAAAGAGAGCACUUGAUGAGGAUAACUGGAUUGUCAGGUGGUCCAUUUGCUGGUCUUAAUAUGAACAGGCCAAAAGCAGUUUCACAGAGUACCCUGAGUCACAUGCGGAAAGACCUGAACAACAUGUACCUGAGGCAACAGCCCACACCUUCGAUGCAGCAACAAGCUGUAUUCAACCAGUCCUACCAACCAGGCAAUCAGAAUGUAAUGAUGACCUCACAGGCUCCUAAUGUACCAGUCAGCCAUCCGUGGGCCAAUCCCAACCCGGCGCUCUCAAUGGAUACAGUCACCAUAAACCAGUCUGGUGCCAUGAGCAAUCUGCCACGACAUACUAACAGCAGGCAACAGCAACUGAACCGUGGAUCUGGUUACCCCCCCAGAGUGGAGCACGGCAACUUUGAGAACACCACCCUUCCUCACCUCUCCAUGACGGACUUGCAGUGCUUGGAUACGGUCCCCCAAGCCCCUGUAAUGAGCCAGUUAGAGUCACAGCCAAUGUACCAACUGCAGCAGCAGAGGGAGGAGCUCACGUCUGAGAACCUGGCCCAGAACCAUCUAGGCAACCAGAACCAGGGUCUCCAGACUACUUGGCCCAAUUUCAAUCCACUCAAUCCAGUCCAGAGCAACUUUAACGGAUCAGUACCCGGAGGUGGAGGGGGGUCACAGGGUCAGAGCUCUUACUCCUUCCUCGGGGGAUUGGAGACCGAUGAUUUCAUGAAGGGUCUGGUGGGAGGAGGGUCUCAGACUGUCUUCCAGCUGAAGCAGGAGCCCCAGGCCACAGUGGGACAGGAGUCCCAUGCUGGUCUCAUGCAGUCCCCAAGGCAGAACCAUGAAAAUACUUACACCAACUUGGUUCCAAUGAGCAAUGGCGCCAACAUGGAUGCAUUGAGGCAAGAUGGUAGUGGCGCCACCCAGCCUCUUAAAAAUCUGCAAAAUCCGUACUCAAGCAAUGGAGGAAUGGUCCCCGAUACCCGCUUUACAACUUUGGCUGACUGGAUCAAAGCAACUCGGCACACUGACUAAAAGAAGUGACAUGUUUUGGUAUCAAUUAAGAAAACAGAAGCAGCUCAAAGGAAUUUCGCUUCAUUCUGGCCCAGUAAGGCUCAGUGGGCUUUUGCUUGGGUUAUUACAUCCAUUGGUGGACAAAUGAGCAGCAUUGUUGUCACCCAGUUGGAAUCCAUAACCAGACAAAGACAUUGUUUCUUGAUGGUACAAUUGAUUACGAACUACUUCCUUCUUUCGCAAAGAGAUCACCAAGAAUGCUUCCUACACCUGGUUGGCCAACCAUGGCACUUUGUAAGGCUUCAUUCGUCUUUGCUUCCCAUUAUUGAUUUGAAAAGAGACAUAAAUCUCCUAAAAAUGACCGAUCAGAUUUGAUUUCUUGUGAGAUAGACCAUGCUGUCUCAGAACCCAGUUUACAAUUGGCGCAAUUCUGUUGAUUCCAAUUCAUCUGGUGUUAUGGAUCUCAGUGGAUGUUCCCAAGCCGAGUCAAUAAAAAUUGAGCUCACAGGUUCAGCUGGGGUCUGCAGGGCUCAGAACCAUCCCUUCGGUUGCCAAGACGACCAACGACAUGACGAUGGUUUCCAAGCCAAAGUUAAAUUUCCGCAGAAUUGAAUGUACUUCUUUCUUUCUUUGUUUUUUCUCAGGUGAAGUUGGAUUCACUGUGAACAUACUGUAUAGUAUUCAAUGUUUUGUUGAAAUAUUUGAUCUUGAAUUAAAAUAGGGGGGGUUAAGGGUUCGGUACAGCAGACAAAAAAUGGCUUUUUUUUAUCAUGGGUUUACUUUUUUUUAUUUCUUUGUAAAGGAUUCUUACAUAUUGUACUGUUUUUAUUGACUUUUAGCAGAGUAUUUGCUGUUAAAUAAAUGUGCUCUGUACAUAUGUUAGCCAUAGUUGAGAGUGAAAGCAAUUACCCUGCUGCAACGCUCAAGAAAUGGCAAGGUACUGAAAUUUCCAUUGAGGAAGUGGGAGGAAGCACAUUCAGUGUUGUCUUGCCUUUGUAAUGACUAUGUCAUAACAGUGAUCACAUGUGUAACCAGAGUUCUCAGAGCCUUCUGCUAGAUGUUUUAUGGGUUCAAAUGUCAAUUGAUGUUUCCUUCAUUUAGCAGAGACUCUUUCCGAUAGCUCCCCAGAGCGCCUUGCUCCAGGACAUGGUCAGGUUGGCUGAUAAUGAAUUGUCAACUUGAGCCUAGCUCAUCUUAGCAUGUUAUUUUUGUACUUGUAUGCCCUCCUGAAGCUUUUCUGCGUUAAAAGAAAGUAAAUAUUUUGAUGACUACUUUUUAAGAUGAGCUAUUUUUGGAUUGUUUUCUACUGGAUGAGUUCUUAAUAAACUGAGUUCACAUAUUUUGUCAUUUAUUUGUGAUCUUUCCAAUA